GUGUGUCAGCACAUGUUGAUGGCAGAUUUAGAAUUAGAAUUAGUUUACAUAUGUUCCUGUGCGUUAUUUAUUAUUGUUAGUGAAAUGAAACCAGGAUUUUUUCCACUUUUUUUGUUGGUAGUGUUUGGUUAUCUGAGUAGGGAUAUUUUCGUGCAUUGUUCUUAUCCAACUAUUAAUAGGACAAGUUCGCGAAAUUAUAGUCAUUCUUUAACCCGACGAAAUUUUAAUCCGUACCAUAUUUCCGAAUGUGGAGUGCAAGUCGUGAAAUGUGGGGCACAGUGCAAUGAUAACUCUAGGAUUGUUGGGGGACGAGAAACUUAUCGAGGCCAAUUUCCGUGGAUGGUUAUAAUUUUCUUGCGAGACAAACGCCAACAGCUCUGCAGUGGGACGCUGCUCGAUGAGAAUCACGUCUUAUCCGCGCAACAUUGCGUGUUUGAUUUCGACCAAAUGGCAACAUCCCGACUGCGCAUAAUUUUGGGAGACUUUAACAUUAACACCGUCAUGGAUGGGAUCCACGAGGAGCGUCGUGUCGCAAAGAUUUUCCGGUAUCCAGAAUGGAAUCUGGAAACUAAUGAGCAUGACUUGGUCAUCAUAAAAUUACAGCGGCCCGUCCAGUUUUCUCCGUAUAUUCAGCCGAUUUGUCUGCCCAGUGUGAGCGUAAACGAUUUGCACGACCUUUACCACGAAGAGCACGACAUCUUCGGGACGAUUGUGGGGUGGGGGAGGACAUCGCCGAAUAAAACGUGGAAAUCUUCCGUCCCUCUGGCAGCCCAUGUGCCCCUUGUGGAUCACGAAUAUUGCGAAAAACUUUAUGCCCCUUUCACCGUCGGCGAGGGGAUGUUGUGUGCCGGGGGGAAUGGAAAAGACGCCUGCGUGGGGGAUUCGGGGGGCGGACUAUUGAUACAUAAUCUCUACUCUGGGAGAUGGGAGCAGAUCGGUGUGAUUUCGUGGGGAAAUAGUUGUCACACACUGCCUGGAAUUUACACCCUCGUGGAGAACUAUUUGGACUGGAUUUAUGGAAUUAUUGGGGGAUGA